ACAAAAUCUUCUUACUUGUCAUUUCGGUCUCCGAAAGUACAUUGUAACGACGUGUAACUUUCACGCUCGUGCUAAAUUUGGAACUUAGUCAUGUGACAUAAACAAAAGAAAAUGGCAGAGGCUGUUCGGGUAAAACGCAGAAGCAAGGAAAAGAAGAAAUAUGAACAGACCUCUGAGCACAUUGAGAGUGAAGUGGAUCUUGCAGAAGGAAUUCCUGAUGUUGCAGAUCUUGAAAAUCUUUUGAAAGUGGAAACAGAAAGCAAAGACAAUGAUAAGGAUGCAGAUGAGAAAAAUAAAAAAGGGGAUGAUAGUAAAGACGAAACUGAUGUUGAUGUAAAACCUGCUCUUCAGCAGGAUGAAAAAACUGAAACAGAAAAUAGAACUGAAAAUAAAUCUGAACAGAAUGUAGAUGAAAAUGAUAGUAAACAGGAACAAGCUAGUGAAAGACAGGUUGAAAACAUUGAUGAGGGUAACAAAGAUGAAAAGCAAGAUGAGAAUAGCAGAACAGAAACAGGUGUUGAAACUAAAACUAAUAUUGUUGAACCUUUGAAGACAGAAGAGGAUGCAGGCAUACCUGUUGAUUUGGAAGUUCAGAAUGAAUUAGUAGCCAAUAAAGUUGGACAGAAAAGUGAUAAUAAAGUUGAACAUGCAACACAAGAACAUCUUUAUCCAGAUUUAUCAGAGCAGCUUCAACAGUUUAUGUUAGAAAAUGAACUAACAACAUCACAGACUGUAGACAGUGUUCCCAUUCUGGAAGCAUCUUUUCAUGACCUUAAAGAGCAGGCUUCAACAGACAAUGAAUGUGUCCCAAAAAUAGAAGUCAAGAGUUCUGCUCCAAUGGAACUUGACUUGCAUCCAAGGGAGAUUGAGCAUGUGGCGCCACCUAGGGUUGAAAGGCGAGAAGAGUUUCAGCCUUUGACUCCAGAACAGCUGAAUUCUCUGUACUAUAACACAAGACUUGAAAACAAUACUGCUUACAUUGACAGAUUUGUACAGAUGGAGAUGAAGAGAGAAAAUCAUGAAUUUUAUGAGAUCCUUAUGAGCUACCAGAGGGCACGUAAACAUUUACUGCAAUGUGAGGCAGCUCUGAAAAGUUACGAGGAAAGUUAUCGUAAAUCACAUGACGAGGUUUGGAUAACAGAGAUGAAAACACAGUCUGUCAAAGGUGUGUGUGGGGAUCAGAGUAGUUGUGUGGGGACACAUUCCUACAAUCAAGCUAAACUGGACUAUAACGCUCUCUCCAGGAUGACCUUGAACUUGAGGAAUAUACAGGACCAAAUACAUAAUGAACUAGCGCUACAUUCAUACUCCGCUCAACUUUCAAAAUUACAAGUGGAAUCUUAUAUUCACAAUUUGUUUAUAACAUCUCCAGUGCUCCGAGAUAUACCCAAAAACCUGCCCGUCUUUGCUUGUGAGAGACAGAACCCAAAUGCAAUACACCAAAUUCAGAAAUUACAGGACUGUAUUUCUAUACUGUUCACAUUUCACCGCCUUCCCAUUGACGAUAAAGAAAUGGUUGUAAAUUUACAACACUGGACUGAAAGAAUGGUGUCAGCAUUGUUGCGUGUCGGAACAUUUGAAGAUCACAUGUACAUACUGAAUCAGAUAAUGAGGUGCCCAGCAGGGAUUGGUUCGUGGGCGUCUCAUUUUGUUCAGACUCCACCCAUUCCAACCAAUGAGAAUUUCAUGCCAUUGAUGUUUGGAAAUACUUACCUUGAUCAUGUUAUAACAGGACUGUCCACAGUGUUGAUACCAACAAGUUACCGUAGUGAAUUUAUGUGUAAGAUGCAGAAGAUGUUGGCAACAGGAAAGGACAACAAAAACCUGUCCUGGGUCAUGGUGGAUUCUGACGGAGAAGAGGAUGAAGAUCCCCAGAGUUCGUGGGUAUAUCUGCAUGAGAAUGAUGUUGUUGCUGUCCUCAAACAGUUGCCAUUGGCUGCUAUAUUUAGACAUAUAUUCUUCAUUGUCCAAUCACAGGCUGGGGACUGCUACGAGUAUGACAUCAAGAAAACAACUGAUUCCACGAUGUAUCGUGUGUUUGCUUUCUGUACAUGUCUCAUCAGGAUUCUGGGUAAUGGGCUCAAAACAUACAACAUGGCUCGUUACCGACAGCUUAACAAAAGACUUGGUAGAAUGAUCAGACAAUGUGUUCAGUUUGUCUCGGAACAUUGGGAGAACUUCAAUGAGGCAAAUCAAGGAGUCUUGCCAGCACUAGCUCUACACAAACUACAAGUGGAAUAUGAUGCUUUCUUCAUGAGGGCCGUUAAUUUCAUCCAUAUGUCACAAAGGUUAGGCUCGUGGCAGUUCAUAGCUGAUAUGCCCUUUGGUAAGAUUUCUAAGGAUACAAUGUGGAAAAUACUCUGGCUGUUACACCAAGGUCAUGGUCGCUCGUUUGAAAUUAACGAAAUCCCGUCUGCUCAAGAAUGCAUAAACUUUGUCAAAGGUUUUAUAAGAGCAAAUGAUCCGUCAUGUCGAAGCCAGCUAGCAGAUAUCCUGCAGAGGGUACCAGCAUCGGAGGGCAUUUAUCUCUUAAAUACUAUGACUAACAUGACAGAAAGUUGUUCCUCUUCUGACAUCAGCUUUAUAGAAACUGUUACCAUGGCAGUGUUUGAGGUGUCCUACAUUUGUCCAGAAACGAGAGAUGUAUGUUCAAAGAUGGGAAGGGAAUUAUUGUCGGCGGUGAUCACAUGUCAUCCAUUUAUGUUGUCUGUACUUACACAGAGAGUGCAUGAAUACAUGGAAAAACUUGGACAGAUGGGUUUGUACCUAUAUAAGGGAAUAAACAUGGAGACAUGGUUACCUACUGACCCAGACUUGGUCAUUAUACGUCAUUGGCUCCUGAAUACAGCCGUAGGGUCGCCGGCUAAUCUGAUGGCCCAGGAAAUACUGAGUAAUAUCAACUGGGGAAACUCGUCAAGGGGAGACAGAUUGAUGGUACCAUGGCGUGUCCACAAACAAGUGGCUGUCCUUGUGGUGGAGGCCUACCAGAAGUUUAUCUUCGGCAAACAUCUUGGCUCAAUGAUAAUGGAAGGGGUCAAACAAAUGUCAGCUGCAGUGCAACAAUACAUGACUUUGGAACAAGAAUUCAACACAUGGUGCUGGGACCUGUUGUUAAAAUUGUCCUUACAUAGAGGUAGUUUGCCUCAGAGUGAUCGGAGGUUAGAGGCGAGUUUAGGGGAGGCUCCAGAUGUUAACAGCGAUGACUCACUGCUGCCCUUGUGUAAAGGGAUCAAAGAAAAGAACCCAACUGCAUGCUAUGUUACUCUUAUGCUCACUAAAUAUGGACAUAGUGUUGGUGACAUUAUUUCUGAUGGAGUGCCAUUGUUACAAGUGUUGUCUGAGCAGGGUCUCUUCAAGCCAACAGUCAGUGCAAUAUACUACAUUCUUCCCUUGUUUGUGGAUAGCCAGAAAUACAUUGUAGACAGUAUCAAAUUUCAAGAGGUUUUACUAGCCAUUCUACAAGCAGACGAGUCAUAUUUCCGUGUUGUGAAGGGACUAUUGUCAUAUGACUUCCCUGGACCAAUCACAAAACUGUUUAUAUCUAUGAUGCAGUGUCAGAUAGAGGAAGCAUAUAAAACAGCUAGAGAUGGGAUGACCUUGACCAUUGGUUUGUGGACCAGACUUCUCAUGAAAAUACCAAAAUGGUACCAUGAUAGCAACUGUUGUUGCAUACUUGAUGAGCUGAUUAAAGCAGCUUUCACCUACCAAUCUGCAGUAGAGCAUCUACAAGAUAUAUUUAAGGAAAGCUACAGGGAAUAUUGCCACCAUGAGAGAAGCCAUGGUGUUGUUUCCUCUAUUGUGAAUUGGGUGACCUCAGGUGUUACAUUACCUACCUUCCUGGACAAAUCAUCCUGCCCAGACUUCAGCUGGCUUACCUAUAUAAUACUGUGGUUAGAAGGAAGUUUUGAAAUAGACUCCAAACUGUGGUCUACUCUGCAAGAGGAAAUGUUGAAUAAUCAGAAAGCAGGAAUAGAAACGUGUUUGAAGAAAUCAGUUACGAAGUUGAAGCUAGAUCAGGCACCAACUUGGGCACGACUGAACAUCUAUCGCUGGGCACAGCAGGCAUUAGACAUGCCAAUUGGUCAUCCAGUAGCUGCUCUUACCUGGCAGAGGUUCUUUGUGCUCUUUCUAGGAAGACUAAGCACUACACAAACAAGUUUACCACAGAGGGCAAGUGUAGGUGAGAGAUUCUUUACAGGAUUUUUUACAGGAGUUGGUUACUCUGGCAUGCUGAAGAAAAUGAAGAAACAGCUCGGAAAGACAGCAGACCAUUAUACUAAAAAGUCGGGAGAGGAUAAUGAAGAUGAGGAAGAUGGACAGACAUCGAGGAAGGAACUGUACUACAAGCUGGCGAGGUUAUACAAUACCCUGCAGCUGUGGGUAGAGGAACCGUUACUUCAUGAUGGCACUCUGUAUCUCCCCUCCUUACCACCACAAUACCAGGCUGACAGACUGCUAGCCAUCUUUCAAAACCAAACAACUCCUUGGACAGAGUUUUUAGAUUUACCAGAAGUGAAAUCCAGUCUAAAAUCUCAGGUAGCAGACUGGUUACAGAGUAGCACACCUGAACAGAACCCAAGGUCAAAGGAACCUAAAGACUCAAAAAAGACUGCAUUAACAGCAAAAGAACGAAUUCUGUUCAGACUUUCAAGAUGUGAUGAACCUCUACCCCCACCCCCUAUACAUCCUAUUAAAGCCCCGGUACCAGAGAUCAGCCCAAUGAUCAUGGAGGAGAAGGGGGCAAUUCUACAUUUACUGGAGUCUGAUCUUAAUAUGCUCAAGGAGCAUGCUGGACAAUUUUGUACAAGACUACAACACCACAAGGCCCUAGAUGAUGCAUUUAUUGACUUUGUGCCUGCACUCUACAAAAAUAUUAGGCAACAGGUGACCAUCUCACUUAAGUGCACCAGUAUGAUUAACCCAUUACACAGGUGUACAAAACCUGGUGCUGUCACUGUCUGGGUUGAAGAAAAGUGGAAUGAUCCAAUCAAACAGAGACAAGCAAAUGAGAAUAGGGCGGAGUAUAAACAGGUGAUGAUUGAGUGUAAAUUACCCCCUGCCCAGAACACAGUGAUCUGUGCUGUACACACAGAAAAUGCUAUUACUAUGUUGGUGAAGCUGUAUCGAAGCAGCACAGACCACAGAAGAAGUCAGACAUUGAAUAGUAUAGCGUGUAGUCUGUUCUUACAUCUGAGUGACACCAUUACACCUAGUAUACUGAAAUAUCCUCCAACCAAGCAGUUCUUCUCAUCUUGUAUAGACAUCUUAGGAAAGGAGUUUAUACAGAGUGAUCCUCAGCAGACUGAAGCUGUACUGCAGAUGGCGCUUAACAGAUCUGUGAUAGGAGGGAUGCUUGCACCUCAUUUCAAACCCAACUUGUCCCCAGCUCUGUUUGUGAAAAUGUAUGGUGAGCUUGUAGGGGUUCUACAAGAGGACAGCAGGGACCAGAAAGGGAUGAAAAGGCUUGGGAAGAAGGAUCCUAAAGUUGAUUUAGAGACUCUGUCUAUGCUGUUGACAAAGUUUGAGAUAAGGAAAUGGCUUGAAGAAUACAACCCAAGUAAACAAGAGGUGAAGAAACUGGCGGAGUAUCUCAGCCAGGCAUUUAUGGCAUGUGGUACUGAUCCUAAAGACGGAUAUGCCAUGGUUUUCAAGAUAUAUCGAAGCCAUGAGAAGACACUGCUACGACACAAGUUUCCUCUUUACCUUCAUGAGGUUCUAGCGGCACUACUCCAAGGUUCAUCAAUGCAGCGUGUAUGUGUUGAAUGCUGGGAAGUCCUCCAUGACAACUGUUUCCAUGGCAACCAAACUGAGCAAACCCCUGAAAAGACAUUCCAAGAAGUAUCUACAAACUUAUCUAUAGAAGAGAUAAGAAACAUAUUAGCAUGGCUCGGACAUGAGUUUAUGCAGAUGCGCUUGAAUCAGAAAGAGGCUACGACAUUCGGGAUGUAUCCGAAGUGGCAGCGUUAUGUACCAUACCUUGCUGCUUUCAUGAGGGACCUUUCAAAAUGUCUGGUUGAUAAAAUGUUGCCUAACCUGGCUGAUGCACCAAAUAAUGAAGGUAUAGAGCUUGUCUGGCAGAGUGUACAGGAAAGUUUUGCACCCUGGUUACAGACUGUGGUGACAAAGAAAGUUGUCAGUCAGCCAUGGAUAGCUGGUGACAGAGACUCCGCUUCCCACAUGGUCAAAGCUCUUGCACAUUUUGUUGCAUUUGCCCAUCAUAAAACUGAAGAUAUUCGUGGUAGAUUUUACAGUGACUUCCUGUCUCUGUCAUGGUUACAUUUUGCAACUGUGUUAUGUAAGCCAGACGUGUCAGCAGACGUUGUUUCUGUGUUCAACAUGGAGUUUGUACAAUUACCAUGGAAACAGUUACUACCAAACAUACAUAUUAUGGAAACUAUGGCAGGGUUGAAGGAACAAGGAUGCAGCCUCGGGUUUAAUCUUGUAGCAGAUAUCGUUGCUGUGAUAAACUGGCAACAAGUGUCAAAGUGGUACGAGUCAUAUUUUGAUCUCAACCACCAGGUCAGGUAUGAGGGGUGUCUGUAUAUACUCCUUAUCCAGGCAUUUACAGAGAACAAACACGUCGAGAACCCAGAUAUUCAGCAGUUGUUAUUACAAGCUCAGACAUUCAAAUGGAAACAUCUGUCACCAGACCACUAUAAGAAUGCUGGUUCCUGGUUCCUGCAGUCAGGUGACCCUAAAUGUCUGCUACAUGGAAGAACUUCACCUGAAGCUUUAGGACUGAGGCUGUUGGAAUCAGCUUCAGGAUUUACCACUGAGAUUUCCAUGAUAUGGUCGGAGGCGUGGAGAAUCAAACGUCUGUCCUACCUUCACUGUGUUUCCUCUCUCAUCUGCCAGUGUACAUACCUCCCAGACUGGGAUACAACACAGCUGUCAACUUUCAUCAUCAACUUACUUACUGAGACAGAGACUGUUGAAUCUGCAGUUCAAGAUCCUCACACAAGACUAGAGGAGAGUACAGACAUGAUGAAGGAAAUACUCAGUCUCCUGAACAACAGUAAUCCCGAACAUCAGGGAUCAGAGAUUAUCUUGAAGACGAUAUUAGAAUGGUUACAAGGAUCUCCAAAGACGAUUUUGCUGUCUCCGUGUAUUCAUGCUGCCUCAAGAAACCUCGCUUCAUUGACAUACAUGGUCCAGAUUGUGGAACAAUGUAUACAUUUAUCAUUUGUGUCAGACGGUCACAUGCAUCAGUCAGGUGACCCAUGGAACAGUGUGCUAGCAGCUGUACAGAUUCCCGAGUUAAAUGUUACAGAAUUCUUCCAGACUUGUCAACAAGAGUCCUCCUAUCUGUUGUUGUAUUGUUACGUGAUACAGAGAAUACCACUGUGUCAGUCCCUGCCCGAGGAACAGGGGGUCAUUGAGUUAGUUCUUGACUGGACUGAACAUGCAAAGCCAAGUUUGGAGAAUGAGAGUAAAUUGUUACUGUGGUGGCACAAGGUUCUAGAGUUAAUACUUCGUCAGAUAGAUUACGGACGUGACUCCGCCUCCUGUGUAACUCUUCUCAAGAAGCUUAUCCACAAAAUUCAGGGGUUUGGUGAAGACAGGGCUUCUGCUGGACUUCUAGGGGCCAUUGGAUUUGGGAAGAAGUCAAUGCUGUCAGAAAAGUUUCGUGUGUGUAGCAGGGCAGUGGUAGCGUUCUGCAGCAGUCAGGUUGUCAGCGAUGAUAAACUCCGCCUCUUACCAACUGACCCAACAUCUACUCUUUCAACAGCUAAACAGGAUAUUGGCUAUUUGCUGUCAAUCAAAACCAAUAAGAAGUAUCAGCCAAUCAAAACAGAGGUGGAUAUGGCAUGUGACUUUGUAACCAACCAAUCAAAAUGCCUGAGAGAUGUACUAGAUCUUUUAAAGUUACUGAAGGGAAGAUUUUAUGCUGACAAGGAGUAUUUGUCUGUGAUUUAAAAAAAAAUAUUAUGUACAGUAAAUUACUGAUCACUCAAGGUCAAAUGGUGAUGUGCAAAAUGCUCAAGUUGUUCAGGGUUUUGAAUGACCAAAACUUAGAAAAUAUCAGGAAAAUGACUGGGUACCAUAUGAAUUGCUUGAGUGAUCCAGCAUGCUUGAACCAUUGAUUCUUGAGGAAGUGUUUUCACUGAACAUUUGUAUAUUUCUUUAACAUUGUUGAUUAAAUAUAAACAGUAGUGAUAAGACCUGAACUAACUUGUUAGUGAGCUGCGCCAUGAGAAAACCAACAUAGUGGCUUUGUGACCAGCAUGGAUCCAGACCAGCCUGCGCAUCCGUGCAGUCUGGUCAGGAUCCAUGCUGUUAGCUUUCAAAGCCUAUUCUAGCAUAAAACUGUUGUUAUUGUCACAUUUCGGAGGUGUUUUAACAGGAGAGAAAACGUGUGUUAACAGAGAGAUUCUCGCGCUCACGUGCUGUUAUAACACCUUUUUAUAUAUGCGAGUUCCGUGGCAAAGCGUAAACGUCAUUUGGCCCCAAAAUGGAUAAUUCAAAACGAAAUGACGUCAACGUAAAAAUGGCUCAGACAUUCCCGCGCAUUUCAUGGAAAUUUAAUGACGUUGAGGUAGGAUGUAUUCAUUUAUUAGUAUUUUUUUCGCGUUUUAUGCUAGAAUAGCAUUAGCGCAUAUUCAUUUCGUGUUAUAACAUCUGCAGAAUCCCUCGGGAUACGUUGGUACCCUCGCCCUAACGGGCUCGGGCACCAACCAAUCCCUCAGGAUACUGCAGAUGUUAUAACACGAAAAAACAUGCGUUAUCCCGACAUUGUUAUUAGAGAAACCGUUAGCGAACAGCAUGGAUCCUGACCAGACUGCGCAGAUGCACAGGCUGGUAUGCAUCUAUGCUGGUCGCAAAGCCACUAUGUUGGUUUUCUCGUGGGGCGGCUCAGUUGUUGUUGUUGUUGUAGAUUUUUAUAAGGAAUCAAGAUGUGAUAAAUGUAUAUAACGGUUAUCCUGGAACAUUGAUGAAGAAAUGUUUUGCAUAAACUCUUGUGUAUUAUGUAAUGCUGAUAUAUUAGAUUACUCUGAUAUUAACCUAAGCAUUUUUGAAUUACAUGAAUAUCUUAAUCGUUUGCAUUAAUGCAAAAAGGUACCAUAACUUUCUUUAAUUAUCAGCAACUGUUACCUUUCUGCAUUAAUGGGGUGAAAUGGUGACUGUUUUUCUGUCACAUUUUACUCUCUAGUUAGGGAGAUGAAGUUUAAUAUUACAUGGUAGGGUAGUUGUAUAUAAGAGGUUCUAAGGUGCUACUGGUAGUUAGUAUACUGGUAUGGUAUAAAGUACCAGUUUAUUAACCACCAGAGUUAUUAGAUUGGGGUAUGUCGUUGGUCGGGCGGAUGGGCGGCGUCAAACUGGUGUUUCCGGUCAAUAACUUGUUUCGGUAAAGAUAUUUGAAUUAAACUUGGUAUGUUUGUAGCUUAUAUCAAGACAAAGGCUGGGAUUGAUUUUGGGGUUUCUGGGGUCAAGGUCAAGGUCACUGUUACUUAAAAUAGAAAUAGGGUUUCCGGUCAAUAACUUAACUUAGGAAUGAGCUAUCAGGAUGAAACUUGGUGUAUAGAAAACUUAUAUAAAGUUGUAGCUUGGGAUUGAUAUUGGGGUUUCUGGGAUCAAGGUCAAGGUCAUUGUUACUAAAAAUAGGGUUACGGUUAGGGUUAGGGUUAGGGUUGCGCUUUAAAGUGGUGCACUGUGAUUCAGUAUACUUUUUUAUUCUUAUGAAAAGUGUUGAAAACCUGGUUUCAUGGCAUUGCCGCAUUUCUUGUUUAUUACAGUUACAUAACUGCUAAGAUUAUAGGAGUCUUUGUGUAGUUAAGAAUAUAUCAGAAUAUAAAACAAUGCAAGUUAGCUUAGAGGUGUUUGAAAGUGAUAAUGAGAAACUGUGACCUGUGAUAAAUACUCAAUAAAGCAUGUGUAUGUUAUAAACUGUAGAAAUGUAAUAUUUAUAUGAAUAUAAUACCAAUUUAUAUGUAUGUCUCUCAUUAUGCAGGGAGAUUUAUUGACCUUGUGCUGUCUGUUGGUCUGUCCGAAAAGUUUGUUUGGACUACUAUGAAACUGUUGGUGGGAAUUUAUCAAAACUUGUAUCAAGACUAGUUUCACAUGUCAUCAGCAUAAUUAUGCUGGCUGACUGGUUUUAACCUCGACUUUUCGAGGAAAAAGAAGAUCUAUUGCACUCACUCGAACGUUGGUGUUGGUGUCGCUGUUGGUUAAGUUUUUGAUAAAGUCAAAUAUCACUGUUACUAUCAAAGCUUUUGACAUGAAACUUAAAAUAAUUAUUAACUAUCAAAGUCUACACCCGGAGAAACAACCCAAUAACUCUGAUUUGAAUUUUGACAGAGUAAUGCCCCUUUUUAACUUAGAUUUUUUUAGCUCGACUAUUCAAAGAAUAGUCUAGCUAUUCUACUCACCCUGGCGUCACCUUGGUUAAGUUUUUGCAUGCAAGUACAUACAGCCAUCAAUUAAAGGCAUAUAGCUUUGAAACAUUUUUUUUCUUUUUCUAGGUCAUUUACCAACCUUUCUGGGUCAAGUCCCAUAACUCUGACAUGUAUUUUGAGCAAAUUAUGCCCCCUUUUGGACUUAGAAAAUUUGGGUUAAAAUUUUACAUGCAAGUUACUAUCUCCAAAACUAAUGCAGACAUUGAUUUGAAACUUCACAUGUGUAUUCGGGGUCAUAAAACUAGUUGAUAGCAGCAAGUCCCAUAACUCUGUCUUUCAUUUUGGCCAAAUUAUGCCCCCUUUUGGACUUAGAAAAUUCUGGUUAAAGUUUUGCUUGCAAGUACAUACAGCUAUUUCUAAAAGGCAUAUAGAUUUGAAACUUAUUUUUUCUUUUUCUAGAUCAAUUACCAACCUCACUGGGUCAAGACCCAUAACUCUGACAUGUAUUUUGAGCAAAUUAUACCCCCUUUUAGACUUAGAAAAUUUGGUUAAAGUUUUUUAUGCAAGUUACUAUCUCCAAAACUAAUGCAGAUAUUGAUUUGAAACUUCACAUUGUGUCUUCGGGGUUAUAAAACUAGUUGAUAGCAGCAAGUCCCAUAACUCUGACCUUCAUUUUGGCCAAAUUAUGCCCCCUUUUGGACUUAGAAAAUUCUGGUCAAGUUUUUGCAUGCAAGUACAUACAGCCAUCAAUUAAAGGCAUAUAGAUUUGAAACUUACUUUUUCUUUUUCUAGAUCAAUUACCAACCUCACUGGGUCAAGACCCAUAACUCUGACAUGUAUUUUGAGCAAAUUAUGCCCCCUUUUAGACUUAGAAAAUUUGGUUAAAGUUUUACAUGCAAGUUACUUUCUCCAAAACUAAUGCAGAUAUUGAUUUGAAACUUCACAUGUGUCUUCGGGGUUAUAAAACUAGUUGAUAGCAGCAAGUCCCAUAACUCUGACCUUCAUUUUGGCCAGAUUAUGCCCCCUUUUGGACUUAGAAAAUUCUGGUUAAAGUUUUGCGUGCAAGUACAUACAGCUAUUUCUAAAAGGCAUAUAGUUUUGAAACUUAUUUUUUCUUUUUCUAUAUCAAUUACCAACCUCACUGGGUCAAGUUCCAUAACUCUGACAUGUUUUUUGAGCAAAUUAUGCCCCCUUUUAGACUUAGAAAAUUUUGGUCGAAGUUUUACAUGCAAGUUAUUUAUCUCCAAAACUAAUGCAGAUAUUGAUUUGAAACUUCACGUGUGUCUUCGAGGUUAUAAAACUAGUUGAUAGCAGCAAGUCCCAUAACUCUGACCUUCAUUUUGGCCAAAUUAUGCCCCCUUUUGGACUUAGCAAAUUCUGGUUUAAAGUUUUGCGUGCAAGUACAUACAGCUAUUACUAAAGGGCAUAUAGAUUUGAAACUUAUUUUUUCUUUUUCUAUAUCAAUUACCAACCUCACUGGGUCAAGUUCCAUAACUCUGACAUGUUUUUUGAGCAAAUUAUGCCCCCUUUUAGACUUGGAAAAUUUUGGUCGAAGUUUUACAUGCAAGUUAUUAUCUCCAAAACUAAUGCAGAUAUUGAUUUGAAACUUCACGUGUGUCUUCGGGGUUAUAAAACUAGUUGAUAGCAGCAAGUCCCAUAACUGAUAUGCAUUUUGGUCAAAUUAUUCCCCCUUUUGAACUUAAGACUCUUUUGAUAUUUAACCUUUUCAGGUAAUAUUUUCCUACCUCUGAGACAAUAUUCUGAAUAGUCGACCUUGGCUGUCUUACGGACAGCUCUUGUUUGUUAAAUUUUUGUAAAGUUUUUACUGGCAAAGCUCUAAUUCAGAGUCUAGCACUGAGAAAUGUCGAACGCGCUGUCAUCAGACAGCUCUUGUUGGUAGUUAUGACCACUUAAAAUACAUUUUUUGAUAAAGUUUGUCCAAAUUACUUCUCCUAACUUCUGAUGGGAUUUGAAUGAAACUUUAUAGGAUUGAUCAGUACCAAGCAAGUUAGUGCAUAUUUUACAGGUUUUUUAUGUCUCCCCCAGGAGACAUAUUGUUUUUGCCCUGUCCGUCUGUCACUCUGUCAAAGGUCAAGGUCACAGGGGUCUGAACAUUGAAAACCAUUUCCGAUCAAUAACUAGAGAACCACUUGACCCAGAAUGUUGAAACUUCAUAGGAUGAUUGGUCAUAAAGAGUAGAUGACCCCUAUUGAUUUUGGGGUCACUCUGUCAAAGGUCAAGGUCACAGGGGCCUGAACAUUGAAAACCAUUUCCGAUCAAUAACUAGAGAACCACUUGACCCAGAAUGUUGAAACUUCAUAGGAUGAUUGGUCAUAAAGAGUAGAUGACCCCUAUUGAUUUCGGGGUCACUCCAUCAAAGGUCAAGGUCACAGGGGCCUGAACAUGGAAAACCAUUUCCGAUCAAUAACUAGAGAACCACAUGACCCAGAAUGUUGAAACUUCAUAGGAUGAUUGUACAUGCAAAGUAGAUGACCCCUAUCGAUUUUGGGGUCACUUUAUUAAAGGUCAAGGUCACAGGGGCCUGAACAUUGAAAACCAUUUCCGGUCGGUAACUUGAGAACUACUUGACCCAGAAUGAUGAAACUUCAUAGGAUGAUUGUUCAUGCAGAGUAAAUGACUCCUAUUGUUUUUGGGGUCACUCCGUCAAAGGUCAAGGUCACAGGGGCCUGAACAUUGAUAACCAGUUCUGAUCAAUAACUUGAGAACCACUUGACCCAGAAUGUUGAAACUUCAUAGGAUGAUUCAACAUGCAGAGUAGAUGACCCCUAUUGAUUUUGGGGUCAGUCAAUUAAAGGUCAAGGUCACAGUGGCCUGUUCAUGUAAAAUCUUUUUUAGCUCAUCUGAUUUUUUGAAAAAAAAUGGUGAGUUAUUGUCAUCACUUGAGCGGUUGUCGGCGUCGGCGUCGGCGUUGCCUGGUUAAGUUUUAUGUUUAGGUCAGCUUUUCUCCUAAACUAUCAAAGCUAUUGCUUUGAAACUUGGAAUACUUGUUCACCAUCAUAAGCUGACUCUGUAUAGCAAGAAACAUAACUCCAUCGUGAUUUUUGCAAGAUUUAUGGCCCCUUUUAUACUUAGAAAAUAUCAGAUUUCUUGGUUAAGUUUUAUGUUUAGAUCAACUUUUCUCCUAAACUAUCAAAGCUAUUGCUUUGAAACUUGGAAUACUUGUUCACCAUCAUAAGCAGACCCUGUACAUCAAGAGACAUAACUCCAUCUUGCUUUUUGCAAGAAUUAUUGCCCCUUUUGGACUUAGAAAAUCAGUUUUCUUGGUUAAGUUUUAUGUUUAGGUCAGCUUUUCUCCUAAACUGUCAAAGCUAUUGCUUUAAAAUUUGCAACACUUGUUCACCAUCAUAAGUUGACCCUGUACAGCAAGAAACAUAACUCCAUCCUGCUUUUUGCAAGAUUGAUGGCCCCUUUUAGACUUAGAAAAUAUCAGAUUUCUUGGUUAAGUUUUAUGUUUAGGUCAACCUUUUCUCUUAAACUAUCAAAGCUAUUGCUUUGAAACUUGCAACACUUGUUCACCAUCAUAAGCUGACCCUGUACAACAAGCAACAUAACUCCAUCCUGCUUUUUGCAAUAAUUAUUGCCCUUUUGGGAUUAAAAAAACAUUUUCUUGGUUGAGUAUUAUGUUUAAGUCAACUUUUCUCAUAAACUAUCAAAGCUAUUGCUUUAAAACUUGCAACAGUUUUUCACCAUCAUAAGUGGACACUGAACAUCAAGAAACAUAACUCUAUCCUGCUUUUUGCAAGAAUGAUGCCCCUUUUUAGACUUAGAAAAUCAUGGGUAGGACAAUAUUUCUAUUACACAAAAUAAAAUCAGAUGAGCGUCAGCACCCGCAAGGCGGUGCUCUUGUUUGGAAAUAACUUGAGAACCACUUUACCUACAAUGUUGAAACUUAAUAGGAUGAUUGGACAUGCAGAGUAGAUGACCCCUAUUUAUUUUGAGGUCACUUAAUCAAAGGUCAAGGUCACAGGAGCCUGAACAGUGACUUGAGAACCACUAGGCCAAGAGUGUUAAAAUUUAGCGGGAUGACUGGACAUGCCAUGUAGAUGAUCCCUAUUGCUGCCAACCAUCAGUGUCUCUUUGACUUUCGCUCCUGACCCCUAUUGACUUCUUGCCUAUAGGACUUUGUAUUGGGGGAGACAUGCCCUUUUUUUACAAAAGCAUUUUCUAGUUUUUUUAUUGAAUCAGUUUUGAUGGAGUUAUGGGCCUUUGAAAUGUUCACUUUGUCACCAUAAGGUCUUCUUUAUGAUUGAAAUUGGACCAGAUUAAAAUGGUAAGCCAUAAUAUUCUUUGUUUGUGCUUGUUUACCUUCAUUUUUCAUAUUUACAGAGUGUUUUUACCAAUGAGAUCUCUGCCAAAUUUGAAUGUAGGCUGGAUGAGAGUUAUAUUCCCCUCUUUUAUAAAGAAAAAUGUAAUAUUUUACUGUUUGCACUAGCACCUUCUGAAUAAAAUCUGUAAUGUAUUUACACAGAACAUGUAUACUUGUAAAAUGAAUAUCAAGUUAGGGUAUUAUCACAGUACUGCCACUGUACUGGUGAGGUCAGACUAUCAUACAUGUGAUAAGUUCAGAAUCCCAAGACUGGAGGUUUGCCAUUUUUCAGCUGGAGUUGGGGUCUAAAACCUGGAGGUUUUUUAUCGACAUAAAUUAAGCGCAAGGACACAAAACUUAGAGACAAAAUCCAACAUUUUAGGCCACACAAUAACGCAUUAGUCUACACCAGAAGAAACAAUCCUCAUAACUCUUUAUUUGAAUUUUGACAGAGUUAUGCCACUUUUUAACUUACAUUUUUGGUUAAAGUUUAUAUAAUGUACAAUAUCAAAGCUAUUGACUAUUAUGCCCCUUUUACUGGCAAAGCUUUAAUUCAGGCUUAAUUCAGAGUCAAUCACUGAGAAAAGUCGAGCAUGCUGUCUUACAGAAGUUCCCUCUUGUUCUAACUUUUCUAAACAGAUUAGAUUUGUUGAAACAAAGUCUCAAUUUAGGUCUGAAAUGGUGGUGAACAUGCAUUAACAUUAUUCUACUCGAGUACUGAUAAAAAGAAGCUCUAAAUUGGUCUGAACACAACUCAUAAAUUAUGUGAAUUCCUUACCCCACCCACUUUCGUAUAAAAAUACUGAUCAUUAAUGAUUUUGACAUGAAAAACAGAAAACAGAAAUGCAUCAACACGUAUUUACUCUUACCAAAAUAAUGUAGAUUGAUGUUAGCGAAUAAAUGAGUGUGUCUUUUCAUCCAGUUUUCAAUGAAAUAAAUCCAAUUUUAGUAGCAAAUUAAUUUGGUAAACAUUGGAAGAAAAUGGCGUUACUGCAUAAGGGGAAAUAACAUUCACAUUCUAAAAAUAGUAAUGGGUUGGUUUUUCCAACAAUUAUUUAUGUGAUUUUGUUACCGAACAAAACUUUCCUUUGAAUAAUCAAAAAUUCAUUUCAGCUGGGAAUUAUUUCUUAUGACUGGGAGUUUUUUGCUUCAAAUUGGUAAAAAAAUGAAGCCUAAUUGGCAUUGAGAAUGGGCCGAUAUUCGGCCCCGUGAGACAGGUGGAAAAGGCCCUGCUUGUCUAAUCCCUUAUCAAAACAAACAAUUAAUCAUGUUAUCAAAAUUCACCUGUGAAAAACAACUCUCCUCCAGCUACAUGUGUGUCAAACACGUAUAAUACACAACAGUCGGUGACACUUUGAUUUACUGUGUAAACAUGUUUGGCACUCCUCGGUAAUUAUCAACCCAGUCAUAAUACUGUUUGUUUUUUGUUUUUUUUUGAAAAGCGGGAGAAUUAUGGUUUUGGUCGGGAGACGGGAGGCAAGGUGAAAAAAUCGGGAUUUUGACUCUCCCGGGCAGGAGAUCACAUGUAUGGACUAUUAACUGACAAGUCAUUUGCCUUUUGUUUAGCAAUAAUUUCCAUGUAACAUGAUUUAUAUGCAGUGUAACCCAUGUAUUACAACACAUACACAUUCCAAACUACCCCAAAAAUUUUAAUUUGCAUUGUACUGCUUAAUAUUUAUGUUUGUCUUUCUUUCAACACUUACCUUUGUACAAUGCCCAGAUACUGCAUAUCAAUUUGACCUGUCAUUUAAAUGUAACGGUAUUGGGAGAAAAAUGCUUUUUAGCUUAAAUAGGUAGAGCUAUUGGACUUACCAAUGCGCCAGAAUCCCAAUUUGUAAGCUGGUAUCUCAGUACCCACUAAUGGGAAUGGAUUGAAACUUAACUUACUUGUUCACUGUGAUAAUUUGACAUGCAGUGCACAGGUUCCGAUCACAGAUUAUGCCCCUUUUUCGACUUAGAAAUUUUUGCUUUGUUUUAUAUGUAACCACUAAUGGGAAUGGAUUGAAUUUUCACACAAUUGGUCACUGUGAUGAGCUGACAUGCAUUCUACAGGUUCCAUAACUCUGUAUUGCAUAUUUACUAAAUGAUGCCCUUUUUAUACGCCCGUUUGAAAAAUGGGACGUAUUAUGGGAACGCCCCUGGCGGGCGGGCGGGUGGGCGGGCGGCGUCCACAGACUUUGUCCGGAGCAUAUCUUCUACAUGCAUGAAGGGAUUUUGAUGAAACUUGGCACAGUUGUUCACCAUCAUGAGACGGAGUGUCGUGCGCAAAAACCAGGUCCCUAGGUCUAAGGUCAAGGUCACACUUAGAAGUCAAAGGUCAAAUUCAAGAAUGACUUUGUCCGGAGCAUAUCUUCUUCAUGCAUGGAGGGAUUUUGAUGAAAGUUGGCGCAAUUGUUCAUCAUCAUGAGACGGAGUGUCAUGCGCAAGAACCAGGUCCCUAGCUCUAUGGUCAAGGUCACACUUAGAGGUCAAAGGAUACAAGAAAGAAAACUUUGUCCGGAGCAUAUCUUCUUCAUGCAUGAAGGGAUUUUGAUAUAACUAGGCACAAAUGUUCAUCACCAUGAGGCGGAGUGUCAUGCGCAAGAACCAGGUCCCUAGGUCUAAGGUCAAGGUCACACUUAGAGGUCAAGGAUACAAGAAUGAAAACCUUGUCCGGAGCAUUUCUUCUUCAUGCAUAGAGGGAUUUUGAUAUAACUUUGCACAAAUGUUCACCACCACAAGGCGGAGUGUUAUGUGCAAGAACCAGGUCCCUAGGUCAAAGGUCAAGGUCACACUUAGAGGCCAAAGGUCAGAUACAAUAAUGACUUUGUCCGAAGCAUUUCUUCUUCAUGCAUGGAGGGAUUUUGAUGUAACUUGGCACAAUUAUACACCAUCAUGAGACGAAGUGUCAUGCGCAAUUCCCUUCUUUAGAAUUACUUCCCUUUGUUGUUACUAUAAAUAGCUUAUAUUGUAACUUUUUCAUUACUAGUCGUAGGGAAAAAUCGAGACCACUUUUCUGUAGUACAUCCAAUUAUGAGGUGUAUUUUGACUAAUCUCUACCUGGUUAAGAUUUUUGUGUGGACUUACUAUUUUUGGGGGAUUUAUUUUUUUUUUUUUAUUUGUUUUUUUUUUUUAAAGAUUAUCUUCCCUUAGUUGUUACUAUAAAUAACUUAUAUUGUAACUUUUUUAUAAUUGACCGUAGGGAAAAAACAAGACCACUUUUCUGUGGUACAACAUGGAUGUUACUUUCAAAUUUUAGGUGUUUUUUAAGGUAUCUCUACCUGGUAAGGAGUUUUUUUGUGGACUUAGAAAAACAAAUGACUUACAAUGAUUACUAAACAACCACAAAAUUAAAAUUCCAUUUGCAAAUACAAGUGCUAGAGUAAAGAAAUUUGCUGUGACGGACGUAUAUUGUGACAUUCUGGCACUCUUGUUUAACUCUUAUAUUUAUUCAAUUGACAAGGCUGUUGAAGUCGAGCAUUGCUCUCCUCCGACAGCUGUUUCAAAAGCAGUCUCUAGUUUGUUUAAAUCAUUUAUGUGUGUGUAAGCUUGCAUAGGCAUUUCUUUUGUGUUUAUGCAAGAAAAAAUUGACUCCUUCCUUUUAAAACUUUGUUGUGAAGCUAAAUUCUACUCUGAUCAAUUACUGUUCUUGAAAUUUAAUGAAGGCAAUAAUAUAUCAAUAGUGAAUUUCACUAACCAUACUGUGUGACUCAGGGGAGGGUGGGGUAUACAGCUACACAGUUACGUUUACUUGAAAAGGGUAUACAAGCUAAACACAACUGAAAAAAAAAGGAUGGACAUAUUCUGACUUUGUCAGUUUCUGUCAAGUUACUUUUGGUUUCAUCAGCUUUUUAGGACGUAGUGAGAGUGAGGUCUUUUUACAGCAGUUUGGGCAAUUUUGUUUAAACUUAUUUAGAUUUAUUUGCAUUAUAAAAAUAAGCCAUUUCUUGCAAUUACAAAAAUUUACAUUACCCCGAUAUGAUAGAUAAGGCUACUGGUCAUGCAGUCUGGGCAUUUUAUGAAAGCUGUUCAUAUAUUUUGUGUUUCAACAAUGUCAUAUAAAUAUACAAAGUUUUUGAAUUAUUUCUUUUUUGCUCAAAUUAAAGACACUGUAUCAAUGUUAUCAUCAUUAUCAUCAUCUUCAUAUGGAUGAAAAUUUGAAAGUGAUGCAAUGGUAUUCAGAAUACCAUUACUACAAAUGCUGGACUUGUUGUCCUGACCCAGGCCUUCCGAAUUUUGUUUCCAUACAAAACUGGUGUUGGGCACGAGACCCAAUGUUGCAGGGUGGCAAACAGUGUUGUUUAAAUUGCGUGUGAAGAUCUGGUAAUUAUAUGGUAUGGAAUUUGUAACAUCUACAAAUAACAGGAGUCAUAAAAUCAGAUAUAAGCCACACCAUGAGAAAACCAACAUAGUGCAUUUGCGACCAGCAUGGAUCCUGCGCAUCCGCGCAGUCUGGUCAGGAUCCAUGCUGUUUGCUUUCAAAGCCUAUUGCAAUAAGAGAAACCAUUAGCGAACAGCAUGGAUCCUGGUCGCAAGUGCACUAUGUUGGUUUUCUCAUGGUGUGGCUCAUAUUUACUUUUAAGUUAAACUGAGAAAGCUAAGAGGGAGUAAAAGAGUUUGUAACUAAAAUUAGUGGCAAAUGUCAAAAGUCAUACUGAGGAUUAAGUUUGAAACUAUUGCAUCUUGUUCUUUAUUUACAUACAGUUACAGAAGUUUUGCACUCAGAUCUCGAUAUAAGAUUGUGUCAUAGGAUAUGAGAAUCGUUUGAUAGAAAAUAUGUUUGGCCUGAAAGCAUGAUUUUAUUGACUCUAGACAGAAUCAUGCUCAAGGCAAGAUACCUGUCAGGUAUGUUAAACUGGAGGUAAUUUUGCUUGAUGUAAAUCUUGCAGUAGUGUACAUAAAGGAGGAUUUAUUGGAAAGAACUAAUCAAAUUCUGAAAAAAAAGAAUGUUUAGUUAUUUAUGUGAUAACAGGUCUGCAAAUGUAAAUAAUAUUUGGAUGUUUACACUGUGCAAUAAUGCUGUUUAGAUGUUGAUUGUUACUCAUAUCAUCUGUAAAAUUUUAUACUAAGCUUCUAAAUAAAUCAAAAGUUUUCAGAA